AUGGCGGCGGCGGCUUCGGCCGCGCUGCCGCAGCUGCUCGGGCCCGGCCGGGCGGCCGGCGGGCCCCGCCUGCCCGUACCCGGCAUGGCCGCCAAGGGGGCCCGGCAGCGGCCGCGGGCGGGCGGCGGGGACGCGGCGGGGCGGCGGCCCGAGCCCGCGGGCAGCGAGGAACCGCGGAACGAAUCAUCCGGGAGCAAAGCAGGGCACGUCUGGGCCCCUGAAGGAUCAACAGCUUUCAAGUGUCUCAUCUCGGCCAGGUUCUGUGCGGCUCUGCUGAGCAACAUCUCGGAUUGUGACGAGACCUUUAACUACUGGGAGCCGACACACUACCUCAUUUAUGGGAAGGGGUUUCAGACAUGGGAGUACUCUCCAGCCUACGCCAUCCGCUCCUAUGCUUACCUGUGGCUCCAUGCCUUGCCAGCCUGGUUCCAUGCCAGGGUCCUGCAAACCAACAAGGUUCUCAUCUUCUAUUUCCUGCGAUGCUUCCUGGCCUUCCUGAGCUGCGUUUGUGAGCUCUACUUCUACAAGGCUGUGUGCAAGAAGUUUGGGCUGCACGUGAGCAGGCUGAUGUUGGCCUUCCUAGUGCUCAGCACGGGGAUGUUCUGUGCUUCUGCAGCUUUCCUGCCCAGCAGUUUCUGCAUGUACACCACGGUGGUGGCCAUGACAGGCUGGUACAUGGACAGGACCUCGGUGGCGGUGCUGGGGGUGGCUGCUGGAGCCCUGCUGGGCUGGCCCUUCAGCGCAGCUCUGGGGCUUCCUAUUGCCUUUGACUUGUUGAUCCUGAAGAAGAGGUGGAAAAGUUUCCUGAACUGGUGUGUGGUGUCCUUGAUCCUGUUUUUGGUGCCCUUGGUGGUGGUGGACAGCUAUUACUAUGGGAAGCUGGUGGUGGCACCUCUCAACAUCGUUUUGUACAACGUCUUCACCCCCCACGGCCCUGAUCUCUACGGUACAGAACCCUGGUACUUCUAUUUCAUCAAUGGCUUUCUGAAUUUCAAUGUGGUUUUUGUGCUGGCCCUGCUCGUGCUGCCUCUGACCUGUCUGAUGGAGUGUCUGCUGCAGAAAUUCCGUGUUCAGAAUCUGGGCCGUCCCUACUGGCUGACCCUGGCUCCCAUGUACAUCUGGAUCCUGAUUUUCUUCAGCCAGCCCCACAAAGAAGAGAGAUUUCUCUUCCCCAUCUAUCCCCUCAUUUGUCUCUCUGGUGCUGUGGCUCUCUCUGCUCUUCAGAAAUGUUACCACUUCAUCUUCCAGCGCUACCGCCUGGAGCACUACACAGUGUCCUCCAACUGGCUGGCCCUGGGGACUGUCUUCCUCUUUGGCCUUUUGUCACUGUCACGCUCUGUUGCCUUAUUCAAAGGCUACCACGGGCCCCUGGACCUGUACCCGGAAUUCCACAGGAUUGCCACUGACCCCAGCAUCCACACGGUGCCAGAGGGGAGGCCAGUCAAUGUCUGUGUGGGCAAGGAGUGGCACAGGUUCCCCAGCAGCUUCCUCCUGCCAGACAACUGGCAGCUCCAGUUCAUCCUGUCGGAAUUCCGGGGCCAGCUGCCCAAACCCUUUGCCAAGGGGCCCAUGGCCACAAGGAGCAUUCCCACGGACAUGAACGACCAGAACAAGGAGGAGCCCUCUCGAUAUAUUGACAUCUCCAAAUGCCACUACCUGGUGGACUUGGACACAGCAACAGAGACCCCGAGGGAGCCAAGGUACUCCUCCAACAAAGAAGAGUGGGUGACCAUUGCCUACAAGCCAUUCCUUGACGCUUCCAGGUCCUCGCGGCUGCUGCGGGCGUUCUACAUCCCCCUGCUGUCGGAGCAGCACACGCGCUACGCCAACUACACCAUCCUGAAAUCCCGCAGGAGGCAAGCCAGGAGGAAAAUGGGAGGCUAGGGACACACCUGGGCCGGCCCGAAAAAAAAAAAAACAAACCAAAACCACCCAAAGCAUCUGCGGGCACUCUUGGACAGCCCCCCUGAGCCACGUGCAGCUCCCUGUGUGAAGGACGGUGCUGGGAGGAUUCCCCGAGGAGCUCUGGCAGCCUCUGCUCCUCUGCCAGGCUCUGCUCUGCCUCAAGCCAUUGGAAAAUCCAGCAGUGGAUGGGUUAUCCCUGCUGCUCCCUGUGUUCCCUCUUACGCCAGAGAGGAGAAAAAAAAAAAAAAAAAAAAAAAAAAAAAAAAGGAAAAUAAAACAA